AAUACACUUUAUUGCACCCCAUAACACAAUUUACAUUCAAAUACAUACUCACAUACAUAUAAUAAAUAAACAACAUAUCAAAAGAAAAAGGAUAAUAUUCCGAAUUAAUACGUUGUCGUACAUGUUAGUUAAUGAAUGUACAGCUUUAUCUAAACGGGCGAGGUCGACGUGCGGCUGAACCCAGUGGGGCGCGGCGCGGCGUGGCGGGGCAGCGACGCGCGGGCACAAACAUUUCUAGAACAGUUCAUACAUAGAGAGCGGGACGGGAACUCGUCGCGCGUGACGCGAUCUACGCCACAAUGGACGUGGGACGCUUAAUCGAAUGCGUCAAAGACCACGUGUACUUAUACGAUAUAAAACAUAAGGAUUACAAAAACAUCGCACUCAAAACGGCCGUGUGGGAAGCCAUCGCGAAGGAAUUACAUCAAACAUGCGAUACCGUGAAAUUAAAAUGGAAAACGAUAAGAGAUGGGUAUAUAAAAUACAAAAAACAGGUUAAGGAUAGCGCCUUCAACGGUAAAAAGAUAAACGACUACAUAUGGAGAUCGCAAUUAGUUUUUUUGGACAGUCACAACGUGACAAGAAACUCCAAGGCGAAUCAGAAUAAUCAAAAGGCUUUAACGCAGCUACAAACCGAAGAUUCGCCCGGUGAGGCAGCUUGGCACUCACCAAAACCCGAAGCGCACACAUCCCAAGAAUCGCAAAGCCCGUCCGAUAUGAAUUAUCAAAAUGAAUCGAGACUGACCAAGCGCAAGGCUGAAGACGACGUGGACAAAAUUCUAAAUUAUUUAGUUAACAAAAAAGAAAAAAAAUAUGAUGCCGUUGAUUAUCUGUUUAUGAGUUACGCGGAAACGUUCAAGACCUUCUCGUCUCGAACUCAAACCGAUAUGAAAUUGGAAUUAGCUAAUUUAUUUCUUAACGCCGAACUAAAAGAGUUUGCGAACGCCGAAAGCGCUCAGAGACUGACCGCAGAGGCCCAGUCCGGUUCGGAUAGUUCCAGUAGCUCAAGCGAUUCGGAUAACUGCGAGAAUUCUCAAACAGAUCCCAUAGGAACGAUGGAUGUUAAAAUUGAAAGGUCAUCGACGCCUGAUUACUUUGAGCAGAAAUUUUAGUUUGAAUUAUGGAUGAGUAUGUUCGAAUUUGAGUUUAACGAGACAUGUUAUAUGUUUAAAAGUACAAUGGUACCGAGAGACGUAGGCCACAGAAAUACAACAUAAAUUGACUAGCGAUUUCGAUUUAGAAAUUAGGAAAUUCUUCUUCUUUUUCUCCACCUUAUCCUAUUAAGUGGGGUCGGCACAGAUAAUUUUUCUAUUCAAUUCUCUUCUAUUAGCCGUCAUCUCAACAAUCACCCCUCUCUUUCAUAUCGUCAUUUACACACUCCAUCCAUGUCUUCUUCGGUCGACCUCUUCCCCCUCUACCUUGCACUAAAUUAGGACAUUAAAUUAAAUUAUAAUAUAAUGAUAUUCUUUGUUGCCAUGACUAGGUACCAAGUAAACAAUGUGAUCUGUUGUUAUUUUGUUUCAGAAACCUUAUUAAGGUUUUCAAUUUAAAAUUAUUAUACACGAGACAUCCAGUGUAAUAAUUCCAAGUCAUAAUCUUUCAUCUACAUUAUAGCGUAGAUGUAUUCUCUUGAAAGUUUGUAAAAAGAAUUUAGUGUGGUUUAAUGGCUUUUGAAGUUAAUGUUCUUACGAACCGAAUGAUGUUUAGUGAUUAUAGACAACUGAACGUAAAUGCCGCUACUCACUUGGAAACAUGAGGCCGAAGUCGUCGAAUAAUGAGGUCGAACAAUACAGUGAGGCGUCUCGUGAGCCCCCGUCGAUAGGUACCAAUAGUAGCAGCAGUAGAAGUGGUUGCUUUUCGGUUUGAAAGGCGGGGCGGCAGUAGUACUAUAAAAACUGAGACCUUAGAACUAUUAUUUCAAGGUGGCGGCAAUUACGUUGUAGAUGUCUAUGGGCUCCAGUAACCAUUUAACACCAGAUGGGGCCCUGAGUUCGGCCACCAUCUAAGCAAUAAAAAAAGUCUUAACUGUAUAUUAUUUAAAUAUUGUUGAACCAUCACUGUCUCGCGCCAAAAAUGACUGAUCUCAAAUGCUGGUUCAUAAUACGCUACCACCGAUAUAGUAGUGACGCUAGUUAAAUAGUACAUGUUUUUUAUUAUAUCGUAUAGUUCCUUCAUCGUGGAAGUUAUUAGUGAACCUAUCUUAAAUAUUUAUGUAUUAUAUUAUAUUUGAAUAAUAAUAAUAAAUCGUUCGAAAUUAGAAUAA